CAAGACUGUGAUCCUGUGUGCAAGGGCAUGAAAGACUCUCAUAUCAAGCGCAGGCGGAUCGCUGGAAAGAGGGGGGUCCCCUCAGCAUUCACUCCAGGUUCAUCUCAGCGAGCUCCCUCUAGGCCCAUUGCGCCGCCGGCUCAGACUUCCGGUCAAGCAGGGCCCUCGAGACACAGUCGAGCAGAUAGUAUCGAGAGCGAUGCUGAAGAUGACUACCAGCAUGUGGCCGUAGAGCUUCCAGAUCAAUUGCCGUCCCUGCCUGAGGGUCACGAAGGGGACGUUUCGGCGGAGGCCAGAGACACUGAGGAGACCUCACCCAAGCCCCUUUCGAGGUCUGAGCGCUUGAGAGAGAUCUUGAAGUUUCGCGGACUGGCAGAGCGCUAUGGUGAGACAGAGGGACGAGAAGGCAAACAGUAUCCAUCGCAACUGGAUCUUAGGCUAUCUCAAGCUAUACAUGCAUACGCUGUCGAGUACUAUGCCUCAAAGGCAAUGUUGAUCGAGGACAAAGUGAAAGGAGAAAAGGAUGCACCUCUGCGGACAAGGAGCAGCAAGGCGAGAGGGGGGCAUGGCACAAUCGACCGCGGGCGAGACAUCAUCCCUCCGCAUCUCAUCAAGAAACCAGCGAGAAAGGUGUACGCUGCUACUCUGGGUCAAUUUGAAUCGACUGUCCCAUAUGACGUCCUCAGCGAUCUCGCUGACUCGGACUACGUUGCUUCAGACAAUGAGGAAGAGGAUGACGACGAGAUAGAAAGGGAGGCGGAGACUUCGGAGCCCGCUCGACAGAUCCACAGAGGCACGAAGACGGCGGUGAACGAUCGCGGAAUACUCGAGAACGUACAGGAUGCUUUCGACGAGACUGCUCUCUUUGCAAUUUGUGAGUACAGGCUGAGGCAUCAUAGUGAGAGGAAGACCAGGCUGACCGUUGAAAGCGCACCUUCCAUCGGCGCUUGUAGCCGUCUACGUGGAGGAGACUGUACGUUCCCUGCUUGGAGAUCACGGUAGCUCAGUCGCUUAGGUAACGAGUAGGAUGAAAGAAUGCUGAUGAUGUUAC